AUGAGCGUAGUCUCUCGAAAUGAAUCACUACCGCCGAACGAGGACGUCGGUCCAAUCUCUUAUUCUCUCGCCCUCGCCCUGACAAUCUUCCUCGUCAUCACGACCGGCCUCCGACUAUGGGUGCGAGUAGCGAACCGGAAGCUCGGAUGGGACGACUUGACUAUCGCUCUCGCAGGCGCAACGGCAGUUGUACGGUUCGCCUUCGUCGUCUUACAAUGGAAACACGGAAAUGGCAAACACCGAGUCUAUCUCAGCGACCAUGACUACAUGAUGAUCAACAUAUACCAGGUGCUCAAGCGCUUGCUGCAUGUCAUUAUGGCUGGUGUCCUCAUUACGAAUUUCGGGGUCGUGAUCAUUUUGAUAGCCGAGUGUCAGCCCGUCGGCUUCUGGAGGGGCAAGUCAGCCGUGUGUUGGCCAACACACAUCCGCAUAUAUUUCAUCUAUGCGACGAUUGGGGCAUACUGUAUCGCCGGAAUCUGGUCGAAUCUCGAACUGUUCCUGGGUAUCAUCGCCGCAAACCUCGCUCUUACAAGGUCCAUCUACGUCCACUUCUUCAGCAAUGGUUCAGCGCAGCAGACACUUCCAGAGUCAACGGGCAGAUGUGACCCGUUGCAGUCUGAGUAUCUCAGUAGCAAGCUCAGAGGCGACCGCUUUGAAGUGCCUUCGACGAUGAUUGGGUCACCUUGUCGAAGAGGGUCGGAGACGAGGAGUUCAGAUAGUGAAAUCCCACUGAGAUCAGGCAUCCAGAAGAAGACUGAAUUUUGGUGGACAGAGGAUGACGAAGGCAAGCCGCCGAGACCAUCUCCGUGA